AUGGCGUCUGGAAACCCUUACACCCUAAAAUGGGGCAUCAUGGCCACUGGCGGCAUCGCAGAGACCUUUUGCAAGGACCUCCUGUGCAGUCCUGCAGUUCGAGGCGCCGACGAUGUGCGCCACGAGAUUGUUGCCGUAGCCUCCUCCAGCAGCAGCCAGAGGGCGGCGGAAUUCCUCCAGAAGAUCAACGGUGCCUUUGACGCCAAGACGUACGGAUCGUACCCGGAACUCGUUGUCGACCCCAACGUCGACAUCAUUUACGUAGCAACUCCCCACAGCCACCACUUCCAGAACACCAUGCUGGCGCUGGAGGCCGGCAAGCACGUCUUGUGUGAGAAGGCCUUCACCGUGACCGCUGCCCAGGCCCGAAAGCUGGUUGAGACGGCCAAGGCGAAGAAGCUGUUCUUGAUGGAGGCUGUGUGGACACGAUAUUUCCCGUUGAGCAUCAAGGUUCGAGAACUGAUUACCUCUGGCGAGAUUGGCACCGUCUUCCGAACAAUUGGUGACUUGUCGAUCAACUCAAACGCAGAGGAGGGUAACGGCUUGAGCUUCGCAGACUCUCAUCGGAUGGUCAACCCUGAUCUCGCAGGCGAGCAAGACAAGGAGGCCCCAGCCGUGAUUGCUUCCAGCAACAAGUACACCACCGGCGCAGACGAGAACACGGCCAUAAUCUGCAGCUUCCCCGGCCACAACAGCAUCGGCAUCGCCUCAACGACGAUGCGAGCAGACACCGACCCCGAGAACGUCGUCCCGGCCGUCCGCAUCCAAGGAUCCAAGGGAGAAAUCCAAGUCUUCGCCCCGGCCUACCGGCCGACCAAGUACAGGGUGGUCAAGAAGAACGGCGAGGCCCAGACGUUCGACGCCCCCCAGCCCGCGGACCCUGCGCGCAACGGCUGGGGCCACGGCAUGUUCUGGGAGGCGGACGAGUGCGCUCGGUGCUUGCGUGACGGCAAGUUGGAGAGCGCCACGUUGCCCUGGAAGGAGAGCAUCGUCAUCAUGGAGACGAUGGAGGAGGCGCUGAGGCAGGGUGGCAUCACGUAUCCGGAGCUGAUUACCACCGAUGUGUAUGACCCCAAGAGCCCUCUCAACACGGGCAAUCAGUGA